UGGCUAGUUGUUCUCGAGAUGCGCGUCCAUUGGAUGACCUGGAUAGCGUGAUAUUUAAGCUCACAAGUCACAAUUACCUGUCCUCCAUUUGUCCCCAAAUUGCAUCCCUCCAUCUCCGGUAACCGUCCGCCGGCAUUCUUCAACAAAUGUCUUCAUCAACUCUCAAGCGUUGGUUAAGGCCUGAGGUGUACCCUCUGUUUGCUGCUCUUGGUGUUGCUGUUGGAAUCUGUGGGAUGCAAUUGGUUCGUAACAUUAGCGGUAACCCUGAAGUCAGAGUGACUAAGGAAAACAGAGCUGCGGGUGUGCUGGAAAACUUUGCUGAAGGCGAAAGGUACGCUGAGCAUCCGCUGAGGAAGUUUGUUCGCAACAAGAGCCCAGAAAUAAUGCCAGAUAUCAACUCCUUCUUUGCUGACCCAAAAUAAAUAUAUUUCUGGUGUUGUAAAACCAAAACCAGUUGGUCUCAGAUUGCUUUGCAAGAUUAACAUUCAGUUUUCUGGCUAAUUCAUGAAGCACUUAUUGUGUUUGGAAAAUAAUUAUGGUCUUUGAUAAUCCAAGUUUGUGUCAUUUUCUUAA